AUGUCGCCUAGUUAUGGAAUGCUUUACCCCACACUCGUCACCGUCGGCACCUACCACCUCAACGCCACCGCCGCCGACCUCCCCUCCAAGAAAACCGGGCACCUCUGCCUCUACUCCGUCACCCCCGAUGGCGGCUUCACGCUCCUCCAGUCGCACCCCACACAGGCGAUCCUGGACCUAAAGUUCUCACCACACUCUCCCGACACCCUCGCGCUCGCACACUCCCUCGGCCAGGUCAGCGUGUGGACGCUCUCCGAGCGCACGCUCCACCUGAAGGCGCUGUUCACGCCGUUCCCAGAGGACGUUCUAGUCCUGUCACUCACGUUCUCGCCGGCCCGCCGCGACACGCUGGCGGCGACGCUGUCGACGGGGGAGGUUGCAACAGUGUCGUUAGAGAGCGGGGAGGUGGUGGAGAGCUGGGCGCCGCACACGCUUGAGGCGUGGACGUGCGUGUUUACGCCUGACGGGCGGGGCGUGUAUUCGGGUGCCGACGACAGCGUUGUGUGUCUGUGGGACGUUGCGGGGGGGAGCGAGGCGUGGCGGGACCGGAGGAGCCAUGGUGCGGGGGUGACGGCGGUGCUGCCGGUGGGGGGUGAGGGGGCGGUGUUGACGGGGAGCUAUGAUGAGGGGUUGAGGGCGUUUGAGGUGCGGGGCGGGAGGAGGGGAGUGGUGGGGGAGGUGAGGGUUGAGGGGGGCGGGGUGUGGAGGUUGGGGUGGAUGGGGGAGGGGCAGAAGAGGGUGUUGGCGAGUUGUAUGCAUGCGGGGACGAGAGUGGUGGAGGUGGAGGAGUUGGAGGUGGUGGCGGGGUGGGUGGAGGGCGAGAGCAUGAAUUAUGGGAGUGAUGUGACGGCGGAUGGGAGGGUUGUGAGCUGCAGCUUUUAUGAUAAGAGGUUGAGUUUGUGGUCUGUUUAA